GUAAAAUCCUUGGGGCAGAAACUGCUCUUUUGUUCUGUGUUUGCACAGCAUCUGGUACAAUUGGGUCCUGGUCCAGUACUGAUACUUUUAUGUGAUAUGGUAAUAAAAUAAAGAGUAAUUAAUAAUUAUUAUUAAUAAAGCCCUGUUCUCAGAGCUAGCAAUAGUCUUCUGAAUUUCUUUUUCUUUUUCUCUCUGUGAAGACAUGCCUGAUGUAGAGGGCGAAAACCAAAUGACCAUCACAGAGUUCAUCCUCCUGGGAUUUGGAGACCUUCAUGAGCUGAAGAUCCCUGUAUUCAUGGUGUUCCUGGCUAUCUACAUAAUAACACUCACUGGGAAUAUCCUGAUCAUUGUGAUGGUAUCAUAUAACCACAACCUGCACAACCCCAUGUACUUUUUCCUGGGCAAUCUGUCUGUCCUGGAAGUCUGCUAUACUACCAGCAUUGCCCCCAAGAUGCUGAAAACCCUCCUGGUGAUGCAAGGAGACAUUUCCUUCUCUUCUUGUCUCCUGCAGUUCUACAUCUUUGGAUCUCUGGUGGUUGCCAAGUGCUUCCUGCUUGCUGCCAAGUCCUGCAACCAUUAUUUGGCCAUAUGCAAACCACUGCAUUACGCCCCUACCAUGAGCUUCUUGCUUUGCUUUCAGUUGGCAGUGGGGUCAUGGAUCAUUGGGUUCCUUUCACUGGUGGUCACCAUGCCCAUGGUUUCUAGGUUACCUUUCUGUGCUUCCACGGAGAUCGACCAUUUCUUCUGUGACCUGACAUCCAUCAUUAAACUCUCCUGUGGGGAUACCUACAUGGUCAGGAUACCAGCUUUCAUCAUAGCCUCCCUUGUGUCCUUCUUGCCUUUCCUUCUAACCCUACUGUCCUACUACAAAAUAAUCUCCACCAUCCUGAAGAUCCCUUCCACCUCUGGGAAGCAGAAAGCCGCCUCCACCUGCUUCUCGCACCUCAUUGUGGUGUCUGUGUUCUGUGGCACACUUAUGGUGGUCUACGCGGCUCCCAUAGCCAACCAGUGGCCAAACUUAAACAAGACCUUUUCUGUGCUGUACACAGUGGUGACACCACCACAGUGGUGACACCCAUUGUCUACAGCCUGAGAAACAUGGAGGUUAAAGAGACAUUGAGAAAGCUUUUCAGUAAAAAUCCACGCUAAGUGCAUGACCGGGGGCUCUGUCCUAUCUUGAUUUCUAAAUCCUUUCUCACAUUGUACACACAAGUAGUCUCAUUGAAGUCAAUAGCCCAAAGUCCAACCUUUGUCAAAGCUGAUAAAGGAAUUUGGAUGCCCUAUACAUAUACUACUUAAUACCAAAUGAAGGAAAUGCCAGUAGGUAGGACACUAGCUUGGAAGUUGAGAAAACUACUUUCAGUUCCCUGCUCAAGUACAUGUUUCCUGUGUGAGCUUGGCUAAAUUCUCAGACUGCAAGGCCAGAAGAGACCACUGUGAUCACCUGUCCAAUCUCCUGUGUAACACAGGCCGUAGAAUAAUCCUCAAUAUAAUUCCUAAUGCAGAUCGUUAGGAAAAAAACAAAAUCCAGGCUUGAUUUAAAAUUUGUCAGUGAUAAAGAAUCCACUACCACCCUUGGUAAACUAUUCAGAACAGGCCAGAGAGCUAUGCUGUGCUAACACCUGGAUUGGCACCCAGGAGGCAAAUUAUGUAUUUAGCAGCAGAGGGGAGAUGCAGAUUUUGUAUGUCCUGCCCCUUGCAGGCAGUGCCGGUAGUGAUUAGACAUGUGGAAUACUUCAUCCAAAUAUUGCCAGCAGAGCCUCAGCCAUGUGCCCACAUGCCUCGUCACUGACCUCAGCUAGGUUCCACAUGAAUGCAGGUGUGCACAUAAACAAAGCAAUUUAUAGAACAAGGGCCUUAGUCUCCUAUUUGCCAUAACCAGUAGCCUUACUUUCCUACACCCCAAUAUUUGAUAUUACGUUCAGCAGACACAAACACAUAUGCAAAAAUGGCCAGCAAUGACAUUAACAUUGUGAUCAUUGUGUUUUAGAUUUAACACCCCAAGGAGAUGAGAUAAACCCACAGAGUUUGAUGUUGCUGCAAAAAUGACAUUGCUGGUAUGUAAUUUGAGAUCACGAGGUCUCAGAGUUUACACCUCAUUAAGAUGAAUGAGGGAAGAGAACACAACUCUUACAGGUAUUGGUCUUGAUUAUGCCUGGCCUCCCCGCUUGUGCAUUGUCCCUUUGUAAUGUCAAUGCAAUGUAAAACUCUAGCAAAUCAGAGCUAGGGAUUGCCAUUUUAUGUUUCUUUGCACAGCAUUUAGCACAAUGGGAAUCCGUUGUUGUUGGCUUCUAGGAGCUAUGACAAUAUCAAUGUUUAAUUCAUGGAUCUUAAGGCGAAAAGGGACCAUUACAAUCAUCUCAGCUCUAUCUCUUUUGUAAUACAAACCAGAGAGAGCAGCAAAGAGUCCUGUGGCACCUUAUCGACUA